AUGUUCCCUGACGUGGCCAUCCAGCGAGAAAUCCUGUCCCUCUCCGUACAGUGCCCGAACACUGAUGACGGAUGUGCCUGGAGGGGAGAGCUCAGGGAACUGGAGAAACAUCGAGAAGUGUGCCGCAUGGAAGAGGUUCACUGCCCACACGGCUGUGAACUGACCACCAAACGAUGUCAGCUGGACGACCACGUGACUGUGUGUCCUUCCAGACAGGUCCAGUGCAAACAUUGCCAGGAACACGUCAUCUAUCAGAACCUGGAAGAAGAGCGCUCAAAGAUGAAGCACCACGAAGAGAGCACCGAGGUUAUGCGCCGGCACAUGGAACUCGCCCGAUUUAAACUCUCGAAACAUGAGCAGACAAUCACUGACCUCCUGGACACCGUCGCCAAAAUAACAAAGACAACGGACGAGCUCCUCCCAAUUGUCCGGGAGAACCAGCAGAGGCAUGUCCAGAUCUCCCGUGACCUCAUAGAGAGGAACGUGACAGGCCGAGUCCACUGGAAGAUCAAGAUCGGAGGUCAGAGGCGACAGAGGGGAAGCUACCAGAGUCCCAUCUUCUGCACAGGCUGCCCAGGGUAUAAGGUGCAGCUGACCCUGGAGCUGGACGGCCACAGAGAGAACGCCAACCGCUACUCCAGCCUCCACCUGUCGUUGCUGGCCGGGGACUACGAUGAGCAGCUCAUCUUCCCCUUCAACGCCACGUGCCUGGUCACGCUCUACGACCAGUUCAACUCUGUGUCUCGACGUAGCAACUUCUCUUCCACCCUCGUCGUGAGGGAGGUACCGCGUGUAGUCAGGCCUGGACUUUCUGGAGAUAGAAUCUACAGACGAGGCAUCAGCAAAUUCAUGAAACGCCAGGAGCUGGUCGGCGCGGGCUCUCGAUUCUUUCGCCAGGGGGCGCUGCACAUGGAGGUGACCGUCAUGCACUGCUUCUACCCGCCGCCGGAACUGACGCAAUCACCGACGUGUUCUUCCUCGCUCCUCAGCCACUCUCCCCUGUCGCACAACCCUCUGCCCCUCUCACAGCACGUGACCUCGCCUCACCCACAAGGGUCUCCUGUUCUUAGCGUGGCUUCACUUACAAUUGGGAACUGAAUAGAACUCCCCUGUUCUCCCCUUUUAAAUUUAAGACACUUGCUUUUUAAACCCUUUCAUUAUUGAAACGUUUCCAUCUACGUCUAUACCGAGAAGAGAACAUUUUGUAAAUUCAGGAAGGAUUUAGACAAAACCAUACUAUUAAUUUUCCUCCUUAUUCGUGAAUAAUCUAGUUGUUAUUAUUACAUUAUUUCCUAAAACUCCCCGUGUAGCCUUGUACAAAAGUGGAAGAGAACUAGAGUUUUGGAGAACGCAUGCGAGUACAUACUAUACUAAUCUACUCAGCAGUGAAGAUGUUAAUCAAUUUGUUAACUUUGGGUUGCCUCACAACAUACGAAUUUACUAUGUUGUUAUGUUGGUGUGUAAUAUUUUAAAGGAUGUUCAGCACAUACCUCAUAGUGGUUUUAUCAGUUCGAAUUUUAGGUAUUUAGAUCGACGGUGGAAAUAUUACAUAGACUAUUUUUACCAUUUAAUUUUGUUUUCCUUAAUUCCAAGUUCUAUACACAAUCUUACAAGUGAUGAAUUGGAGGAAAGCUACUUUUUUUCACCAAUGUCAGUAGUACACUGAUUAGUUUUUUUGUGCUUUCUAAGGAAAAAAAUCAACUUGAACAUUUUUAUAUGAGAACUCUUGUCUCUGCAAUUUUUAAAAAUCUUUUGAAGCAUUCUAACUUUGCUCUUGAUUUCACUGUAUGUGUUAAACUGUUAGAGAUGAUUAUCAAAUGUUGCAAAACGGUGGUAACAACUUUUGCGCUGAUGGAUUAUAACACACUUCAAAAGCCUUAUUUAGAAACUCAUGUGAUAACGCUUUCAAAUUUAUCAAUUUAAAAUCAUUUUUAGGUAAUCUGUCUGUUGAAUAUUUGGCCAGAGUACUUUAGUAUGGACGAAACAGUUUUAAAAAUCCCUUUAGUAUGUCUUUCAAAAGGCAUGCUUAUACCGAGCAAAAGCUUCACGAAACAUUCCGAGGUUUUGGUGGGUUUUUUUAAUCAACUACUCCCUCUGGUGUCACAGGAAACAUGACCUUCCUGCAAAUCCAUACGUGUUCGGCCACUUCGUGAACUAUAUAAUGGAGAGGGUAAAAAUAGCGUUAGUUACAAUUUACAAUUUUUGCUUUUAUAAGUUUUGAUCCAUUGACUGGCUUGUUCCAAGUUGUCCAUCUGUGUCAUUUUAAAAACAAAAUCAGAAACAGCUAAAGACAUGUACUGGAAUCUUAUCUAAAACAGUCGCACAUACCCUUCGAAAUCGAAUAGUGGCUACUUGAAGGUAUGGGGCCCUAUGAAGUAGGAAAUACGGUGGUAUACGUAAAGAUCAGUUGCACAGCAGUUUGAAGAAUCAGCAGUCGACUACCCCUGAGAUCCAACAGGGGAACGUAAAAAAAAUGAAUUCGCACAUAGGAAAAAAAACCCUUCAGUAGUUCAUUUGGUCCUACCUGUUUUUAAUCAUGUGACUACUACCCAGUAGUCUUUAUUUGGUUUUAGACAUUCUUCUUUUGCCCUUACGCAUCACUGAAAUUCACCUACUUUAGUCUAAAAAAUAAACACAAACGCAUACUAGUACAUCAAUAAGCACACUGGUGCGUGCCAUUGGGUAAACACACAUUAUUAUACUUCUGAAAUUCAAGUAAAUACACAUAUGCAUCGACACGUACACAAUGGUCUAGAAAUUGCGCACAAAAGCUUCUCGUACAAGGCACAUAAAUUCGCUUGUAUACAUAAUAAUGACAUGCUCAUCCCAUAGCUAUUUUGAGAGUAUUAAAGAAGCUCUAAUGGACCCGAACAAGUAAAGUUAGAUUGAAAUGUGUAAGUACUGCCGUAUGAAAAUUAUUGUUGUAAGACAGUUCACCUUAAAAUCUCAAAAACAAUCAAGAUAUGUGAAAAACCCAAAUACCUUAUAUCGUAUUAUUUUCUAUUUCGAUAAACAUAACGUUUACGGUUUAGAGCGUUGAUGGUAUGUGAAAGUACUGAUUUUAUCUAUUCAGUCAUUCAUUAUUUAAAUAAGGUAUUAUCUUAUUCAUUUUUCUAAACUUCUUACUGACAAAUAUCAGGCACUUCAGUGCCUGUUGCUGAAAUAUUUUCUUUUUAUCCGUCCGAGUUCGCUUCUGCAAUAUUUUUUGUAUUAUUAUAUUAUGUGAUAUCCAAAUGCUUUUAGACGUGUUUUUAGAAAUUGGAGUGCUUGCAGGUGGAACUGUAAAAUAAAAAAUUGGCAUGAAGAUUUGUUGCCUCUGAAUGUCUGUAGGAACUAACGAGUUCCCCAUGAUGUGUCCGAGCGACAAAUUUUAAUCCUUAAUUACAAUGACACUAGUUUUGUUUUGACGUGUGCAUAACGGCGUGUUUGAUUUUAGAUGACAUAUUUUCACUACUGUCUGUACAAAUGGAUGUUUGAGUUGACUACUACUACAAUAUUUUAAUAAAAUAAUUUGUAUCAUU